AUGCCCAACCUUGUUCUCACCAGAAGUAUUGGAUCUUCCUCCAACGACCAAAUACCUUCUGAUGGACGGUUUAACCGGGAGACUCUCCUAAGCCGUCAGCUACACGACGAGGACGAGCUCGAAGAGCAAAUGGCGACAAUAAGGCGACUGCAUCACUAUAUCGACAAAUUAAACGGCGAAAUUCGACAGCUAGCAGAAUGCACUGCGAUGUUGGAACGAGAGAAAGAAAGGCUUCAAAACCGUAUCCGCACCGUGGAAAGCCAGAUAGAAGCGAAUGUUGGUAGCCAAAUGCCUGGGGACGCGGGUGUGCAAGACAAAAGCCAGGCCAUUGCCGUUUUCCAACAUGAGCAUCAGGUACAAGAGAUGCAGGAUAACCAUCAGGCCGUAUAUGAGCAGCUGGUUGAGCGACAAUCGGCCGAGCAGCUGCAGGCUGAACAACGGCAGGCUGAACAACGGCAGGCUGGGCAAUAG